AUGACUUUGGAAGCUACUAAGUGUUGGUUCAUAUGGAAAGAAAGGUGCCUCGGAGUGUUUGAAAACAAAGGUAGAAGAACACUGGAACAAUUAGCUCUAGAUAUCACCAGACAUUAUGCUUAUUGGCACCAAGAAACUACGAAUCUGAAUAUUGCAAUUAGCAGUAAUCCUCAGAUCUCAAACAUUAGAUGGAGUUUACCAGCUGUAAACACAAACAAACUUAAUUGUGAUGCUUCAUGGUUGUCUGAAAGUACUAAUGCUGGUUUUGGUUUUAUACUUUGUAAUUGGACAGGAACUUUCCAAGAUGCAGCAAUGGGAAGUUGUGGGACCUUCUCAGUAGAUGAGGUAGAAGAUGUAGCUCUUCUCAGAGCAACUCAAUGGUCUUUCAGGCACAAGAUACAACAUUUGGUGAUAGAAGGGGAUAACCAGGUUACAACCAACUAUCUACAAGGAAAAGAAGCAACAGUCCAAUGGCAAUGCCUAGCAAUUUUAGAAGAAGUUAAGAUAUUAGCAGAUCAACUAUUUUAUUUUUUAGGAUUUCAUCAUGUAGACAGGAGAGAAAUCAAGGUGGCAGACUUGUUAGCAAAGAAGGGAAGAAACACAAGCACUACAGUUUCUUGGAAUGACCAAUCUCCUAGUUUUUUAAUUCCUUCAAUUUCUUUUGACAAUGUCAAAGCCUAUGAUAUAUGUACUUUAAACAACAAUAUCUCUGUAGUUUCUCCUGCUGAUGUUAAUCCAAGAGAUUCAGUCAUUGAAAGAGCUACUCAACAUGAGUUAGUCUCUGAAGAGACUGAAUCCGCAGAUUAA